GAGUUAGUGGCUUUUUGCCUUGUUACUAAAGAGUUACUAACGAUGUUGGGGUAGAGAAUGUCAAAAACGGUACAAAAAAUUGCGUGACGUAGUUUGUGGAUAACUUCUGCCCGUCUAUAGCAACCAAAGACGCAAAAUGGUACGACGUUUUGCAGAAUGCUUAAAUUCAUGUUAGAAAUAUAGAAAGCAUGGCAACAAGUACAAAAAACGAUUUAGCCAGAGUUGGUUUAUUUAGUGAAUUAGGAUAUGUUUCAAUUGGUGAUCCAUUCAAGGAUAACUUCGGAAAGUCAUUCAAUGUUUCGGCAUCAAAAGGGAAGCAAAUGUUGCCAGGUAGUAAUAAAACUAUCUGUGCAUUGCAAGUAGGUUACUUUGAUAAACAAUUCAAUCGUAUAAUGGAGGGAGAAGCUUACACUGAUCCUGUUAAGCGUCGGAGACAAGAGAGACUGGAAAAAAAUAAACUGAUUAUAGGAAAAGCAUUUAUACCAAGUCAUGCUGGAAAAAAACCUUCUGGAGUUGGUAGUUAUUUUGGAACAUUAUCAGGUCCAAUUCAAACAUUUAGCCCUUUAUGUAAGGAUAAGGAUCCUUAUGUAACACCUGGAAGAAAUUUUGUAACAAACCCUGGGAAGAAGGGAUCUGGAUAUGGUUAUGCUAAUGUAUUAAUUGGUAAGCCACAAAAGUAUGCACCAGAUCCCUACAAUCAUGAGCAUGAAAUUCGAGUUAAAGAGGAAUUAAAAAGUAAAAAAAUGAUGAUGGGAAGUCCUUUUAAAUCAAAUUUACAUCCUGUAACGUUUUUUGAUUCUAAUCCAAAUAAAGCUGAUAAUCCAUCAUUGCCACCUUUCAAAGAAAUUUCUGAACCAAAGAUAACAUUAGUUCCCUUCAAACCAAGCUCACCUGGCAAACAGAUUGGUGGUUCUAAAGCUGGAUGCUUUACUGCAUACCCUUCUCAUUCUGAUGACUUAUACAAUGUAAAAAAGCCAAUUGAGAAUAAGGAGAAGCAUAUCUUUCGCCCAUCUCACGGUGCUAAAACAAUGACAUGUGGUUCCAUUAUUGCUCAAAAUAUCACAAGGCGGAUCAACUGUCAAAAUUUCAACGAGUACAAACUACCAACUUUAUCGGUGUAAAUAGUGUGUGUGUGUGUGUGUGUCAUGUAUAUAAAUAAAAUUGUAUGGUUUUAUUUUUGAUUUUAACAUCUUUAUUUUUUA